UACUGGCUGGGGUGGAACAGUCCAGUAAUGAGCACAUUCUGAGCAUCAUAUGGCUUAAGACAAUAUAAGAUCAAUUUCUUUGGACGUUGUAUUUAAAUCAGAAAGAAGAGGGGGUUGGGGAGGGAGCAGGAUUAUUUGGAUUUUUCUUUUUGAUCUUUUUACCAGUCUUCCAGGGAAGGAGCUUCACCUCUACAUCACAGCAGGAGCACGGAAAGGGAACAGAGAGAGAAGCAGGAGCAGGAGCAAUGGGAGAAAUGCUGUGCCAGAUAGGUCUUAUUAGGUGCAUGACUGGAGGAAUGCUGUAUUUUUGUAUUUAGAGCAUGAUUUAGAGGGGAGGCCUUGAUCUGUUCCACAGUUUAAGGCUCCUGAUGGUCUACUAUUACUGUCCAUCCAUUUUUGUGUGCCGGUGCGGCACAUUUGUAAAGGGGGGGGCAGCGAUGUAAUGUCUGAUUGAGCGUAUCAAUGCUGCUGUGUGGAUCCGUGGGAGAAAAAAAACAGGCCUCGUUUGCGCCCUGAUCUCCACGCAGAGGAAAACGGCGCGCGGGUGGGAGCUUAUGGCCAGCGGGGCCGUGCCGGGAACGAAGAAGAAGCACACCAUCUGCAUGCCCAUGGGAAGAAGCAGGCAUAAUAAAGGCGUCCAUUACCCCAGGCCCGGCACAGAGGAGCUAUAACACUGGGACGAGAACCUAAUAAGUUUGUUAUUUUGGCUAUUUUCAAUGGACUUUAAUGGGCCUUUCUUAUUACACUUCAAGGCUGGGAGGUAACAUUGCUUCACCAUUUUCUAAUGGGCCUUUUUUUCCUCUUUAUUAUUACACCGACAAGCUAAACUUAAAGGCUGGGAGGUAAAAUCCCGUUACAUUACCUGUAAAGCUCCCUUCCCUCUUUUCUCAUUGCACCGACAAGCUAAACUUGAAGGCCGGGAGAUAAAACAAUUGCUUUAACAUUUGCUGUUCUGUUUAUCACAGUCUUCCUUUCUUGGUUUCCUUGACAUUCUUGGAUUUGCCAAAACCUGUUUCAUGCAUGUCCACUGGAGGCAGGUUUGACUUUGAUGAUGGGGGGUCGUACUGUGGAGGGUGGGAACAGGGCAAGGCCCAUGGCCGAGGGGUCUGCACAGGCCCCCAGGGCCAGGGGGAAUAUGCAGGGGCCUGGAGCCAUGGAUUUGAGGUUCUUGGAGUGUACACCUGGCCCAGUGGGAACAGUUACCAAGGAACAUGGGCGCAGGGCAAGAGGCACGGCAUCGGCGUGGAGACCAAAGGCAGGUGGGAGUACAAGGGGGAGUGGACGCAAGGGUUCAAAGGGCGCUAUGGGCGGCUGGAGAGCACCAGCAGUGGGGCACGUUAUGAAGGCACCUGGAGUAAUGGCCUACAGGAUGGAUAUGGGUCUGAGACCUACUCUGAUGGAGGUACGUACCAGGGACAGUGGUUGAGUGGCAUGCGCCAUGGCUAUGGGGUGCGGCAGAGUGUGCCUUAUGGCAUGGCCGCCGUCAUCUUUUCCCCUCUGCGCACUUCCAUAAACUCCUUGCGCUCAGAACACAGUGAGGGAGCCCCAACACCUGAUGAUGGCUCUGCUGUGAGUGGUGUGGCUGGGAUUCCAGUGGGCCGUGGAGGUUUCGUGCUUUGCGCCCAAAGCGAUGCAGACAGGCAGCGGAAAAGGAAAGGGCGCUUCCGGCAGUCCAUUCUGAGUGGCUUGAAGUUGCGGCGGUCCGAGUCCAAGAGCUCUCUAGCAAGCCAGCUAAGCAAGCAGAGCUCCUUCUGCAGUGAGGCUGGCAUGAGCACGGUCAGCUCGGCCGCAUCAGACAUCAACUCUAACGUCAGCCUGGGUGACGUGGAGAUGGGAUGCAGCGUGGACGCCACUGUCACCGAGACAUAUGUAGGUGAAUGGCGGAAUGACAUGCGAACAGGUUGGGGCAUCAGCCACCGAUCAGAUGGCCUGCGCUAUGAGGGUGAGUGGUUUGGGAACAAGCGGCAUGGCUAUGGCUGCACCACUUUCCCUGAUGGGACCAAGGAAGAAGGCAAGUACAAGCAGAACAUUCUGGUGAGUGGCAAGCGGAAGAACCUAAUACCACUGCGCACCAGCAAAAUCCGGGAGAAGGUGGACCGUGCUGUGGAAGCUGCUGAGAAGGCUGCAGAAAUUGCCAAACAGAAGGCAGAGAUUGCACUGUCAAGGACGAGUCAUGCCCGAGGAAAAGCUGAGGCUGCUGAGGGAGUUGCACAGAGGGCCCUGGAGGAGUGUCGUCUGGCCCGGAUUAUUGCCAAAGAACUCUCCCCUUCCUUCCAUCAUUAUGGAAAUGGACUGGAGUGCCAGAGACCAAAGCGUCAAGACAGAAAAGAGAAAGACAUGGAAGUGAUCUCAACUGGGACAGACAGCCCUGAGCUCUGCACACCAGACACAACUCCCCCAGCCCAGACCCCAGACCUGAGCCCAGCCCUCAGCAGCCCCUCCUCACCCCCCUGUACCCCACCAUCCCACCGUGCCAGGAGCGCCUGCUUCAUGCGUCAGAGCGCUGUAGAUGAACAGGGAGGGGCUGAAAUUCAGGUUCUGGUGGAAGGAAGAGGCAUGGACAAUGGAACAGGUGGCACCAACAGUUGGACUGCCGACAUGUAUCCCAACCGGAGGGGCAGCAAGGGAGAAAGCAGCCGCUCCACUACCCCAUCCUUGCUGGAGGAGGAGAUUGGUCACAUCAAUGGACACGAGCAAAACUCUCAACACUCGACUCAUCACGCAUGGGAGAAUGGCUCUUCCAAUCACAAGUCCAUUGAGCAUGUCUCCUCAGAUAAAGUAUGGGAUCACAUGUCCUCCAAUCAAAAGCCCUGGAAGCAUGCAUCCUCCAACCACAAGUCCAGGGAAUAUGCAAUGUCCAAUCAUAGAGAAUGGGAGCAUAUUCCACCCAGUCACAACUCUAUGGACCACAACAAAUCUUCCAAGCUCAAACCACAGGUGCACACAUACUCCAAUCACAAGACCUUGGGUCAUACCUUGUCCAAUCACAAAACCCAUGAGCAUUCUUCUUCCAAUCACAAGCCAAAGGAGUAUGUCUCCACACAUGCAAAACCCCAAGACCGUGUAUCCUCCCAUUACAACCCUCGAGAGCAUGUAUCUUCCUAUCGCAAAUCACACGAGCAUGUCCACUCCAAUCACAAACCAAGCCAGUCCUUUACCAACCAUAUGGUUGGUGAAUCUAGCUUGAAUGACUACCAGCCACCAGAGCGUGGAGCCAAUAGCUCCUCUCUGGGAUGGACUGUUGAGAACUCUUCCCAGUGGAUCCCGUGCCACUCACAGCUGCCAGAAAAAGAGGAAGAAAAGCUGGAUGACUAUCGGGUGGAAAUGAGGUUCCAGCCCUUAGACUCCAUCCCCCAGCAGCACUUUGGCUCAGGCACGGAAUGUCCGAGUCUCCAAGGGCACAAUUCGCAGAAACUGCGACAGCGGAACCACGAAGGCAAGGAGUGGAGCCUUGUGGCCAGGGAAGGGUCCAUGGACUCUGUGCAGAUGCUGGACAGCCUGAAUGUCGGGGUGGAUCUGGAGGAAUGGCCGUUGCACAGAGAUGUCACCCUGUCUCCCCCUUUAACAUCCUCUCCAAUCACACUGGAACAUGACGGAGAGCAUCUGAACCUGAUCAAAGCAAACUCAGGCUCCAGCUCUGUCCUGGUGGUCAUGGUGAUUUUACUCAACAUUGGUGUAGCCAUUUUGUUCAUUCAUUUCUUUAUUUAAACAUAAUGGCCUAGAGAAUGUUAAUAACAGCACUUACUAUUAUCGAAAAAGUAAGAUAUGCACAUGAUGCACACUUAGCACCACUUCUUUAUGUAAGGAACCCAGAAUUUACAUUAGUCAAGUCCAUGUAUGUUGGACAAGUCCAUGUAAAUUGUAAGUUUAUUUUGUGGUUCCAUUAAUGAUAUAUUUCCAUUGUUAUCCAUUAGGUAUAUUUGCUUACUUUUUUCCUUAUCCAUGAUAAAAGCCCAUUCACAGUAUUCUUUAGGACUACAAGUAUUGCACACCUUUAGGUUUUGAAGAUACAAUAUUGCCUGAUAUAAUUUAUCAUGCCUAUCAGCUCUUUUACAAAGUUGUUUCUUUCUUUUUUAAGGCCCGAUUUCUUUUCUGAGCAGUAAGACUGUGUAGUUUCGUGAGACGGUCUUGUGGUUUCAUGUACAAAGAUGUUGUAGCGCAUGUGAGGUGGUCAAGUGCAGAAGGCACCGAUAUGUAACUAGCCAGUCUAAGACUACACAACCCCACUGAUUUCCCAGGGUACAGCCCUAUUGGACCGCUGCAACCGCUCAUACGUUUAUUCAUCUCCAUACCCAGAUUUUGCAUUCUCUGUAAGUCUGAGGUAAGAGCUAUCUUAAAGGGCUUCAUCAUGAUACUUUUUCAUCCGUAUCCAAAUACACUCAUGCAUAGUGAAUGGGGUAAGCCUGCAGCGUUCUUCCUUCACCGAUACAAUCCCCCUUUAGCAUCGUCACUGAAUGUCAGCACAAUUCAGUCAGUCGCUUAGUUCAUUUUAUUUCACGCCGCACACAUGUUCACUAGCUAUACUCUACUAUGCUGAACUCGCUACUAAAGAAAAUAAGUUGUUUCUUUGUAAAACACAUCAUUACUUGCUAUACGACAUGAACCACAACAGAGGUGCAUCAGUGGUUGAGUAUUCCGGCUCAUGCUCUGUAAAGUUUGAGACUGUUACCUUUUGACCACUGCUUUCGAUAUUUACA